AUGGCCGCGUACCCGAUUUCUGUUCAACCGUUGCAGCCUCCUCCUGGUUCUGACAUUGACUUCGGUGCAAAAAUUGAAGGUGUUGACCUAGAGCAUUUAAACGACCAGCAGUUUGCCACUGUUCGCGAUGUCCUCUAUCGCCACCACGUCAUCAUCUUCAAAAACCAGCACAAGCUUUCACCCAAAGCUCAGUACGAACUCACAAGGCGUUUUGACCCGGCCUCGGACAACUAUGGGCAUGGCAAAACCCUUGAUGCCAAGCGCAGCAUCUUGCACCCUGACCUCAAGACAAUUCCCCACCAACCUCAGGUCCAGGUCAUCGGCAAUGGUCUUGUUCCAUCAUAUGAGGGACUCAACAACGUCCAGUUGAGACAUCCGCACCAUCGAACGUUUCAUCGUGACCAUAUCCCUGACGAUAAGGACUAUGAUUUCACUCGUUUCUACCGCUGGCACAUCGAUGCUGCCCUCUAUGACCUCUAUCCACCUCAAGUAACCACUCUCAUGGCCGUGCAGGUGCCCAAAGGCCGCCGUCAAACUCUACUGUAUGACGAUGGCUCGGAUGAAACGCUCGAUGUUUCUCUGGGCACCACGGCAUUUGUGAGUGGUGAGCGCAUGUUUGAUUUAUUGUCACCAGAGGACCAGGAGUUUGUGCGAUCGAGCAAAAUUGAAUACGCACCACACCCUUAUAUCUGGAUGAGUCCCGCUCGGGCCCUAUCUACCGGUCUGGGUCUACACUCCGAGGGCCGUGAACUCCCUGAUUCAGAAUUGCCGCCAAUUGAUGCCAAAAAAAUAAUGAUCUUCCCCAUGGCCUGGAAGAAUCCAGUGACUGAAAAGCUGGCUUUGCAGAUCCAUCCGUCCGCCGUCCGUCGGAUCCAUUGCGCAGACGGCAAGGUGAUUGACGAUCUCGCUCGUGUUCGCGACAUUAUCUAUAAGCUACAGCGACCUGCGAUAAGUCCCCAAUAUGUGUAUGCCCAUGACUGGGAAGAAGGGGAUGUUGUUCUAUUCAACAAUCGUGGCGUUCUGCAUUCCGUGGUGGGUGCCUUCAAGCCAGAGGAGGUGCGAUUAUUCCGGCAGUGCAACCUGGCUGCCUCUGAGCCCCCAGUAGGGCCUUGA